ACCAAAUACUUUUGCCCCAAGCCAUGUACGAAAGGACUUGAGGCUUUAUGGUGACCUUUCGGGUACUCUUAGAAAAAAUAUAGGCUACUCUGGUUCGCUGCAUGAGGUAAAAGAUCAGUACACUGUUUGCAAGGGAGGCAUGUAAUUAGGGCGGGGUUGUUAGCUACCCCACGUGAAGACCUCACCAAAUUUGCAUCUCUGCCCGCGCGUUCCGUCAUCGCUCACCGGCUUGGCUGCAGUCACUCACUUUACAGAGUUGGCAGAGUGAGAACUAUGCCACUAUUCACUCUCCACGGCACUCACUUCACUAGUUAAAGGAGCUAGCUUUUGCCCACCCACAAUUCCGCGUUCCGGUGUUCCGUCCACGGAUUUACGCUUCUCACCUCUCUCUUUCUAGGUAACUGCCUGCAUACCCAACUACCUGCUACACGCAUACUCUGCAUACACCAGCCACCAUGGUUCUUGGACACGGUCACAGGCGGCACUCCCUGACAAGCAACCGGUCCUCGACCGAUUCCACGAGGAAUGAUGGAGGAACCACGGCCGACGACGAGACUGUCGUGGACGCCGAUCAGGGCAGCAUGCUCUCGCAUAUGAUUUCGCAGCUGCGGCCCGGUGCAGACCUCAGUCGAGUGACAUUUCCUACUUUUAUAUUGGAGCCACGAUCGAUGCUCGAACGUAUCACAAAUUUCAUGGCACACCCAGAAACUCUGCUGCCCUUGACCAAGAUCGAGGAUCCCGUUCAACGAUUUGUCGCCGUAACCAAAUUCUAUCUGAGCGGUUGGCACAUCAAACCUCCGGGAGUCAAGAAGCCGCUCAAUCCCGUCCUCGGUGAAAUAUUCACUUGCUAUUGGGAUUACCCAGACAAAACGCGCGGAUACUACAUCGCUGAGCAAACGUCGCAUCACCCUCCAAAGUCCAGCUACUUCUACAUGUCGCCCGAGCAUCACAUACGCAUUGACGGAACACUGAAGCCAAGGAGUAAAUUUCUGGGUAAUUCGGCAGCCAGUAUGAUGGAGGGCAUAGCCGUCAUGAGAUUCUUGAAUACGGGCGAAAGAUUUUUCAUCACUCAGCCCAAUAUGUACGUCCGAGGUAUCUUAUUCGGCAAGAUGAGAUAUGAGCUUGGCGACCACAGCUACAUUCGCUGUCCAGAAACUGGCAUGGUAGCAGAUCUGGAGUUCAAAACUAAAGGCUACUUUGGUGGGACUUAUAAUGCAAUUGGCGGGUUUAUUAGUGACAAAGACGGCAACCAUCUGUACGAGCUCUCGGGCUUGUGGAAUGAGGAGAUGUAUAUCAAGGAUUUGACGACUGGAAAAAAGGAGCUUCUAUUCGACGCUACACACGCGAAGCAUACGCCCCCAGAAGCUCGGCCAUUGGAAGAGCAGGAUGAGCGCGAGUCUCAGAGACUAUGGCAUGUUGUAACCGAUGCUGUCAAACGAAAAGAUCAUGAUACUGCAACUGAAGACAAAGCAAGGAUAGAGAACAUUCAGAGAGAAGAAGCCGCUAAGCGUAUGAAUGAUGGCGUUGAUUGGCAUCCACAGCUCUUCCGAGCAGUAGAUGGCAGCCAUCAAAGUAUUGCAGAGGGCGAAGAAGACCUGGACUGGAUCAUCAAUGCGAGAAUUGACGGCAAAACGCCAGAACAACAAGUGGAGCAAAUUCUACAGAUUGCAGCUAUACUGCCGGGUCAGACGCUCACCCGCAAAUUCAGCAUUCCCUCAAGGUCCGGUACUGCAAACACUAGUCGCGUUCCACCAGCACAACAGCAAUCUACUUUGGGCGAUGAACAACCACAGCACGAAGCACAAUCACAACACCAACUAACGCCACAAGAGAAACAGACAACCGACGACCUAAUUGAUCUAAGCGACCCGGUCGUGCCUGCGCAAACCAGCAAACCGACGACCGUUACCACGGCACCUGUUCCACAGGACCAGCCAGAGCCAAAGCCAGCACCACCCCAGCCCGAUAACAGAGAAGACAAGAACCAUGCUUUUGCGAAAGAACUACCACCUUCCAAGCUGCUAAAUUCAGUGCAGGGAGAACCAGGGGGUGGCAACGCCUUGAGGAGGUACGAUUCGGAGACACAGGAAGAGGACGAAUUCCACGAUGCUGUAUCGUAA